GUGAAUUUUAGUAAUAAUUGUGUCAUUGUACAGUUAUUUAUUUUCUUAUAGGCAGAAUAAAUUAAAUAGUAAAUAUGAGAUUAACAUCCUGCCAUUUUCGUCGUCUAAUGGUCACCACUUUACUGGUAGCAUUGAUCUAUUGUAUUAUUCAAAUCCUUAGAUCUGAACUUGGAUUCAAUGACACCGAACCUUCAAAUAUUGAUAAGCUGAGUCUUAUGUCACAGUUGAUUAAGAAUUCUGCACAGAAUACACCAUAUAAGGGCGAUGGAACUCCUGCCUGUAAGUUACCUGAAUUGGACAUUUUAAAUUCAGAGAUAAUAAAAUUCAUAAAGGAUGUUCCAUCAUUGCAAUGCACGCCCGAGGACUGGGUGGGAGUUGAUGGUUCGAAGCUCUUUAUAAAGAAUAUUAUGAAACGUAAUUAUGGACCUAUAACAUGCGCCUUCAAUGAAAUAAUCCGUGUGGAUGAUUUCAAGAUAAUAUUAGCGGAUACCGUAGAAUCUGAUGACUCGUAUAUUCUCAAAAGGAGUGACUUUGCAGAGGUCAAAUGUGAAUCGCAAAAUGGAAACCAAUGGUACAGUGUGUUAGCCGGAGUUCAAGAUGAUCCAAAAGCAAAACUAGAUACUUGGGAUAAUGUGCCAAAAAAUGCUCUCAAAUUAAAUGUACUUAUGUUUGGCUUUGAUUCUCUCUCACGAAAUACGUUUAUGCGAAUGUUACCAAAAACGUAUCAUUACCUUAAGAAGAGUCUGAAUACCCUUGUCUUAGAAGGAUAUAACAUUGUUGGCGAUGGUACGCCCCAGGCCUUAACACCAAUUCUCACUGGCAAAGUUGAGAUCGAGUUACCAGAUACAAGAAAACGUAUGGGUGUCUUGGCAAAUUUUGUCAAUGUUUAUCCCUUUAUAUGGAACAAAUACAAAGAGAGUGGUUAUAUAACUGGAUUUAUGGAAGAUGACCAAAAGACUGGAACUUUUACCUACAGACUGAAAGGAUUCAAGGAGCAACCCACCGAUCAUUAUAUGAAAACUUUUUAUAUGGCUGCUACACCAUAUUUUAAGUAUUAUAAUAGAUACUGUAUGAGUGGCACUCCAAGACACUUGGUUAUGAUGAAUUAUAUAACAACAAUUUUCAAUACUUAUCAAAAUCAUCCGAAAUUUGUUUUUGGAUUUCACGGUGAACUUUCUCACGAUUCUUACAAUGAUAUUGGGGUGGCAGACGAUCACAUGCAUAAAUGGAUAAAAGAUUUAUACGAGACUGGUCACUUAAACAAUACAGUCUUAAUAAUAAUGAGUGAUCAUGGUCACAGAUUUGCAGAAAUUCGGAAUACGUUGCAAGGUAAACUAGAGGAGAGACUACCAUUCUUUUCCUUUACGUUUCCAUCAUGGUUCAAGCAAGUACAUCCGCGUGCUUAUGCAAACUUUGUUUAUAAUACACAACAUUUAACAACUCCUUUUGAUGUGCAUCGAACCCUUGAGAGGAUUUUAAAUUUUGAAACACCGAAGGAAGGUGAUCGGAGCCAAAGAGCUAUUAGCUUAUUCGACAAGAUACCUUUGGAGAGAACGUGCUCAGAUGCUUUUAUAGAACCACAUUGGUGCGCCUGUCUCUCUUGGGAAGAAAUAGCAACAAAUGAUCCAAUCAUUCUUGCAGCUGCUCAAUAUUUUAUUCAAUUUCUUAAUUCGUAUACAGAAGAGCAUCGUCAUAUAUGCGAACUCUUGAGUCUGAAAGAGAUUUUAGGGUCUGCCAAAUUGAUGCCAACUAAAGGACUGUUAAGCUUUAAAAAAACCAGAGACAAAGAUGGCUUUCUUGGUGACUUCAGUGCAAAAACUGUAGUCACAUCCGAAGUUUAUCAGCUGAAAAUAAAAUCAGAACCCGGCGAUGGAUUAUUCGAAGCAAGUAUAAGUUACAACGUGAAAAAAAAAUUGUUCAAUACCAAGAUUGCCGAUGUAAGCAGGAUAAAUGAAUAUGGAACACAAGCGAGAUGCGUGGAGAAUACGUUAUUUCAUUUACGAAAGUAUUGUUAUUGUAAAGAUUAAAAAGCAUUUAAUCGAUUUGCCAAAGUAGCUUUUAGCGCUAUACAACGGAUUUUUACAGUGGAGUUACAAUUAUGAUACUAAAGCGAAAUAGGUUAUAACGGGGUGCCCGGCUCGUCCCCGCUAUAAUUAAUUUAUAUCCAUAGAGCCGCCAGGGAGCGCUAGAGGGCUAGGAAUUUCCGAAAAAUUAGGAGUUCUGAUCGGGAUUCGAACCCAAUACCUUCGGACUGCCAAGUCGAGCACUUACCACUGUGCCACUGAGCCCACUGUCCGACCUGAUAAGUCCUAUUUAUUUAUUUUUCGGUCAUUCCUAGGUGGUAUCCCCUUCAGCUCUGUAACGCCACGUUACAAGGUAUACUUAGAAAUCGUGAUCAGAUAUAUCGAAUUUCAUACAUAUUUCUUAAUGUA